CGGGCCCCUUGGAUGCCGCCGAGAUGGGCAAGAAGCUGUCCAAGAUCUUCGGCAACAAGGAGAUGCGGAUCCUGAUGCUGGGUCUGGACGCGGCUGGUAAAACCACCAUCCUGUACAAACUGAAGCUGGGCCAGUCCGUCACCACCAUCCCCACCGUGGGCUUCAACGUGGAGACGGUUACUUACAAAAACGUCAAGUUCAACGUGUGGGAUGUCGGGGGCCAGGACAAGAUCCGGCCCCUCUGGAGGCACUACUACACGGGCACGCAGGGGUUGAUCUUCGUGGUGGACUGCGCCGAUCGCGACCGCAUUGACGAGGCCCGCCAGGAGCUCCACCGCAUCAUCAACGAUAGGGAGAUGCGGGAUGCCAUCAUCCUCAUCUUCGCCAACAAGCAGGACCUGCCUGAUGCCAUGAAACCCCACGAAAUCCAGGAGAAACUGGGCCUGACCCGAAUCAGGGAUAGGAAUUGGUACGUGCAGCCCUCCUGUGCUACUACAGGGGAUGGACUCUAUGAAGGGCUGACAUGGUUAACAUCCAAUUAUAAAUCCUAAUGAGAGAAUAACUAUUUAGUCUACAAAGAAUUAAAGAAUAAAAAAGAAAUAA